UGCAGGGGAAGGGGCUGCGGUCCUGGGUGCCGAGGAUCCAACGCGGUGAAGCGAAGGACUGAAACCUCGGGUCCAAGGGGUGAUCCCCUGCGCUCCAGCCCAGCUCCGAGGGCGAGUGGGCUAGAGGGCAGUAACAGGACCGGGGCUAGAUGCGCGCAGACCUCGCAGAGCAAGGCCCCAGGGAGCAGGGAUGCGGCCCCGUACAGGGCCCACCGCCCUGGAGUGCAAACGGCUGUCCGCUGCGGCAAGUAGAUGGAGACCUCCCUGGCAGGAUUCAGGGACUCCGGGUUUCUCGCUAACGCAGGCGUUCCCACCUUCAGCACGCCCCUCCCAUUCCCCUCUUAGCGCCUGCAGCAGCUGGUUCUCUCCAGUCGGCACCGCCCCCCUCCACCUCCCGCCCACCUGUCUUCACCCCGCGCAGAGGUUCCCAAGGCAACGGGCGCUCGGUGGCUUCCCAUCUCAGCCCUUGUCCGAGAACAAUCCCCUCUCCUGCUCCCCCUUCCGAGGGGAGCCCGCAAGCUCCGUCCAGAAGCGGCCGCGCGCCCCCUCCCCGCCACCGAGGCAGGUCGUAACUCCCUCUCCCUGCACUGACUCCUCCUUCCCCGGCGUCCUGCAUCCUCUCUCCUCCCUCCUACUCCGGCUCGGGCCCCGACCACGCAGUCUGGGAGCCACCGGCGGAAUGCCCCAACAGCCCUUUGUCUGUGUUUGCACGUUACUGGCCUCCAUCUCCACUCCCCAGACUUCAGUUUUCGGAGCCAGCCUCCCGCCCUUACGUUCACGUACCCGCCGCACCCCCAACCACCCGGGCAACGCGAAUGCUCCGGCGCCUCCCGGCUCUUUCUCCCAAUUAGUGUUCGGCCGGGGAUGCCAAACUUCCUGUCUCCAGCGGACGCAGCCUCCGGCCGCGGCGACCCGGCCCGCCCCCUCCCGGCCGCGCUCACCGUGGCAUCCUGCCCCGCAUAGUGGCUGAUGACCCGGGAGCCCCCCGGGUGCCGGCGGUUGAACUCGCUGAUGUUGUACACCUUGCGGUCAAUCACCAGCCACCGCUCCUUCUCGCGCCCGGAGCGCCGCGCCACCUCGUCCCAGAGUUUGCAGACGAUGACGACAGGAUCAGUCAACUCUCGCCUCCUCCGCCAAGCGCUCAACCUGUUGUGCGGCGUGAAGAAUUCUUGGAUUUGUCUUGUAAAAAGCAUAAUUAUAGUUUAUUGGGCUUGGGGUGUGGGGGAGUUGUUAAUGCUCUGAUUUGCUCAAUAUAACAUUUAAAAUGGCCCACAAUUCUG